UGUACACCCCAGAGACUGUAAAAGUACACUCAGGUGUGCAUCCCAAGGCAGGUGCACCUGUGACGUUGCACCUGGCAACAGUGAACGGGGAAAUAAACGGGAAGAGUUGGAGAGAUUUAACCGAGAGCAAGUUUAUUUUUUUAAACGGAUCUUGGCGUAGUCUCCCCCAAACAAAACGAGCAGGAAGUAUUAAGAAUAACAGGUGAAAAUGGGCAAAAAGUCGGACGAGGACAAGUCGGAAUAUGGGGAUCCAGCCCAGCACGAUCCCACGUUCAAUGGGCCGAUACACAACAGGAGCUGCACAGAUGUGAUCUGCUGUAUUCUCUUCAUGGCUGCCAUUGGAGGAUACCUGGUGGUGGGAAUUAUGGCCUGGCUGUACGGUGACCCUCGCCACGUCCUCUACCCCCGCAACUCCACCGGAAUGUUCUGCGGCCUGGGACUGAACAAAGAGAAGAACAGCGUGUUUUAUUUCAAUAUCAUAAAGUGCGCCACGGCAACCAACAUCAUGGCAGCCGCCCUGAAUGGCCUGCAGUGUCCCACAACGCAAGUGUGUGUAAAACAGUGCCCCACUGAAUUCUGGGUAUUGUCUCCUGAGUUCUACCUCCCGACUGCUCAGGCGAAGGAUUUUCCCAGACCACAGUACUGCGUGCCCUCCCUUAACCUGGCCACCACCAAGCUGCCCGUCAAAGAGAUUGUUGAGAAAGAGCUUUGUCCUUUCUUCACCAUUCCUUCAUCGUCAGUGUUGGGAAGGUGCUUGCCCUCAGUUGGCUCUCUGGGCAAGAUUCCGGGAGACUUCAUCCUUCCGGGAAUGUCCUCUCCCAACCAGACGGCCAACGCCAUCCGGAAUGCCACCGGAAAUCCACAGUAUGGCUCUGACCUGUUUUCUGGUUUCAACGCGGAGGAGGUGGGAGUUCGCAUCUUCGAGGACUUUGCCUCAUCCUGGCCCUGGAUCCUCAUAGGUCUGUUGAUCGCCAUGCUGCUCAGUAUGAUGUUCCUCCUGCUCCUGCGCUUCACGGCUGCGGUGAUUAUCUGGGUCCUCAUAGUGGGAGUGCUGGCUGUAAUAGCCUACGGAAUAUGGCACUGCUACUGGGAGUAUGACAACUUCAAAACCUCCGCAUUGACCUACAAGGAAGUGGGCUUCACCACCAACUUCUCUGUGUACCUGCAGAUCAAAGACACCUGGCUGGCCUUCUUGAUCAUCCUCUCCGUGGUGGAAGUCAUCCUGCUCCUGCUUCUCAUCUUCCUCCGGAAGCGGAUUCUCAUCGCCAUCGCACUCAUCAAGGAGUCCAGCAAGGCUGUGAGUCACAUGAUGUCAUCGCUGGUCUACCCCCUCAUCACCUUCGUCCUGCUGGUGGUGUGUGUGGCCUACUGGGGAGUUACUGCACUGUACCUGGCCACCUCUGGGGAUCCCAUGUACAGAGUUGUGGCCCUGGACUCCACUGAAGCAGAAUGCAGCUCCAUCAACGGCACGCAGUCCUGCAAUCCACUGAAUUUCAACUCCUCCGCCUACCAGCGCACCUGCCCGUCAGCGAGCUGCAUCUUCAUCAAGUACAACAACGAGGGCCUGUUCCAGCGGAACCUCUUCAACCUGCAGAUCUACAACGUGCUGGCCUUCCUCUGGUGCGUCAACUUCGUCAUCGCGCUGGGCCAGUGCACCCUGGCCGGGGCCUUCGCCUCCUACUACUGGGCCUUCCACAAGCCCUCGGACAUCCCCAUGUUCCCCGUCUCCCAGUCCUUCAUGCGCUGCCUACGAUACCACGUGGGCUCUUUGGCAUUCGGGGCUUUGAUCCUAACGAUCAUCCAGUUCAUCCGGAUCGUACUGGAAUAUUUGGACCACAAGUUUAGAGCCGCUCAGAAUGGCUGUGCUCGUUUCGUCAUGUGCUGCCUGAAGUGCUGCUUCUGGUGUCUGGAGAAAUUCAUCAAGUUUCUCAACAGAAAUGCAUACAUCAUGGUUGCCAUAUAUGGAAAAAACUUCUGUGUGUCGGCGAAGAAUGCCUUCCUGCUGCUAAUGCGGAACAUCAUCCGGGUAGUGGUGCUGGAUAAAGUGACGGACCUGCUGCUGUUCUUUGGGAAGUUGCUGGUUGUGGGAGGAGUCGGUGUGCUGGCUUUCUUCUUCUUCUCUGGGAGAAUCAGAAUGCCCGGGGACACCUUCAAUGCCCAACAGCUUAACUACUAUUGGGUGCCCAUCAUUACCGUGGUGGUUGGCACCUACCUGAUCGCGAGCGGCUUCUUCAGCGUCUACAACAUGUGCGUGGACACGCUCUUCCUCUGUUUCCUGGAAGACCUGGAGCGAAACGACGGAAGUGUCGAGAAGCCGUAUUACAUGUCAAAGAAUCUGAUGGGCAUCCUCAACAAGAAGAACAAAGUGGCGAAAAGCAACUGAGAAGAGGAUGGAUGGUGAAAAGACCCCCCCCCCCCCGCCUCCUCUUUUUCCGCCCCUGUGAUAACUCCGAAGGGUUGGGACGGCUGUGAUGUCACCUUAACUCAUGAACAAAAAAACAAAAAACAAAAAAAACUGUAGAGAGGAGCUCCACCAAUCACAGAGUCCAUUGGUAACGAUCAACUCAACAGUGGCUGCAGGUGAUUGGUGGAUGCUUUCUGGUUGUAUUUCCUAGAUAUCAGGAAGGAGCCAGUAAGUGUCCACCAGCUGCCAUUGGGGCUCCUCUGUUUCCUAUGGGUAAAGUGGCAUCAUGGUCAUCUCACAGCUCGCUCUAUCUUUCUUCACUUCACUGUUCCUCUCCCUCCUUUCUUUCUCCUGCCUGUUGGAGUGUUAUAAGUUUACAUGUCUGUGUCUGUUUGCACUUUUAAAAAAAUGCUAAAAGAAAAUGCUAAUUGUUUUACUGCGUCAUGAAAAAGGCGGGCUUCUCCAAGUUUGGAACGUAGCCACAGAAACUCUGCAGCCAAUCAAAGAGCACCACAGAAACUUUUCAGCUUACCCUCUGGGGGCUGCCGGGAAGCCAAUCACGCUUGUCCUCUGGGACGGUCUGCAGCCAAUCACAGAGCACCAGCAAGGAGGAUACUGACCUGGGACAUCAGUUGCAGAAGUGCCCUUAUCCACUGUGUGUGCUUCACUGUGUAAGCAAGGAUCCUAGAGAGUUUCUCACAAAAAAAAAUCUCAGUGAAAGUGAUUGGUUGCCCAUUACAUAUCAUUCCUACGUGAUGUAUGCCUGGCACGUCCAACCAGAAACUUUCCCUGGAGUUAAUUUUCAAGUGUUCUAUCAGCUUACAACAGCGCUUAUAGUUGUUCAUUAUACAGAUUGCGUUAUUUGUUUUAAACGAUAUCAGAUGGGCCAAGUAUCUACCGUUAUUUUUUUUCCAGCACAAGUCAUAAAAGUAAGUCGUUGUAUUUGUUUUUCAUGUUGAUACAUUUCUCACAGAACUGGAGUCUCAACUGAAUAUGUAUGAGUGACAGUGAUCGAGAGGACAGCUGUUAUGAUGUGUGAGCAACAAUGUAAAAAAUGUUUUCUAAAUCGGCCUGAUUCAGGUGUAUGUGAAGAAACUGUACAUUUUAUAGAAUGUGUUUAUUUUACAAUUUCAA